GGAGACCCAGGGCCAGCGUCCAUAACCCCGGUACCGGUCCCGGUUCCAUUCCCAGUCCCAUUCCUGGUGCCAGUUCCAGUGACCCAGGGCCGGUGUAAAUAACCCCGGUACCGGUUCCAGUCCCAGUGCCGGUCUAGGUUCCAGUUUCAGUUCCAGUCCCAGUUACGGUGCCGAUUCCGGUGACCCAGUCCCGGUGCCCGUAACCCCGGUACCGGUUCCAUUCGUGAUCCCAGUCCCGGUUCCAGUCCUGGUUCCGGUGACCCAGGGCCAGCGUCCAUAACCCCGGUCCCGGUGCCGGUUCCGUUCCCGGUUCCAUUCCCGGUGCCAGUUCUGGUUCGGGUGACCCAGUACCGGUGUCCGUAACCCCGUUCCGGUCCCAUUCCCGUCCCCGUGCCCUCCCCGCCAUGUACUCGGCGGGCGCGGCGGGCGCGGUUCCGUCCCGGCGCCGUGGCGCGGCGCUGCCCAAGCAGCCGGAGCGCAGCCUGGCGUCGGCGCUGCCGGGCGCCCUGGCCAUCACCGCGCUCUGCACCGCGCUGGCCGAGCCCGCCUGGCUGCGCAUCCACGGCGGCACCUGCGCCCGCCAGGAGCUGGGCGUGGCCGACGUGCUGGGCUUCGUGCAGCCCGAGCUGCUCCGAGAUUUCUGCAUGAACCCACAGACGGUGCUGCUGCUCAGGGUCAUUGCUGCUUUCUGCUUCCUGGGCAUCCUGUGCAGCCUCGGCGCUUUCCUGCUCGACGUCUUCGGGCCCAAACACCCGGCCCUGAAAAUCACCCGGCGCUACGCCUUCGCCCACAUCCUCACAGUCCUGCAGUGCGCCACGGUGAUCGGCUUCUGCUACUGGGCCUCGGAGCUGCUCCUGGCGCAGCAGCAGCAGCACAAGAAGUACCACGGCUCGCAGGUCUUCGUCACCUUCGCCGUCAGCUUCUACCUGGUGGCGGGCGCGGGCGGCGCCUCCAUCCUGGCCACGGCCGCCAACCUGCUGCGGCACUACCCCAGCGAGGAGGAGGAGCAGGCGCUGGAGCUGCUCUCCGAGAUGGAGGAGGCCGAGCCCUACGGGCCCGACUACGAGGUGGUCAACCAGUUCCAGCCGCCGCCCGCGUACACGCCGUGA